AUGUCCCUUGACAUUGACGUCCUUAUAAUCGGGGCCGGAAUGUCCGGCCUUGGAUUCGCAAUUCAGCUGCAAAAUGACUUUCCCCAAGCUAGCUAUGAGAUAAUAGAGAAAUCAGACAGUUUUGGCGGGACCUGGUGGGCCAACACCUAUCCUGGCUGCGGAUGUGAUGUCCCGUCCCAUGUAUAUUCUUACUCAUUCGACCUUAAUCCAGAUUGGAGCAUGAAGUAUGCUCUCCAACCGGAGAUUUUAGCUUACUUCAAGGCUGUCGUUGAAAGACACACUGUUGCAGAGCAUAUCAAGUGUAACUCCAUGGUCCAAAGUGCCACGUUUGAUGAGAAGACGGGUACUUGGCAAGUGAUGGUUAAAGACAUAAAGACGAACGUCACAAGGCAUCGACGGUGUAAAAUAUUGAUAUCUGCAGUCGGCGCCUUGUCCAUUCCGAAGGAAUGUGAUAUUAAAGGAUCGGAUAGAUUCCGAGGAAAGUUGUUCCACUCUGCACAAUGGGAUCAUCAAUUUAAUUGGGAUAAUAAAGAUGUCAUCGUCGUUGGCAACGGUUGUAGUGCCACCCAGUUCGUCCCUAUUAUGACUGAGGGUGAAAACAAAGUCCGGAAACUCACUCAGUUUAUCCGUCAACCACACUGGGUGAUUGAACGCCCGAAUGGCCAGUAUACUCCUCUUUUCAAAUGGAUAAUGCGCUACGUCCCGUUUGCAAUGUGGAUAUAUCGAACAUGGCACUUCAGCUGGCUAGAGUACUCAUUCCGUGAGUUCUACCUUGAGUAUGGCCGGCCCCUCCGCGAAGACCAAACCAUCACGCAUUUAAAGUAUUUGAAACAAACCGCGCCAAUGAAAUACCAUGAUGUAUUAACACCAAAGAUCGAGUUUGGCUGUAAGCGUAAGGUCAUGGACACUGGGUAUUUUGCCUGUUUGCAUCGAGAAAACAUGGAGUUGAUUGCCACAGACCCCAUUGAAGAAAUAACAGAAACAGGCAUAAUAACCAAGUCAGGGAAAGCUAUCCAUGCAGACGCCAUUGUCCUUGCAACUGGAUUCCAAACGCAGCAGGUUCUUUACCCCUUAGAAAUUAGGGGUGAGAAAGGUAUCUCUUUAACCGAACACUGGGAGAACUUUGCCAAUAACACUCCGCAAGCCUAUUUUGGUACCUGUGUAUCAGGAUUUCCAAACUUCUUCAUCAUGAUGGGUCCAAACACUGCAACAGGUCAUCUGUCAGUAAUAUAUACUUCAGAAUGCCAGAUAAACUUCGCGAUUCGUGCCAUUCGGCCUGUUAUGCAAUCUCUCUACCAAUCUCCGCUCCAGGUCUUCAAUCCGUUCGGAAGAAAAUCGUGUAGUACUGUUGCAGUAACCGCAGAAGCAGAGCAAGCGGAUAAUUCUUGGAUCCAAUCUGCCAUUAAGGGGUUCGUGUGGGCGUCUGGCUGCAGCAAUUGGUACGUCGAUGUGGAGACUGGAAAAAAUACAAUGCUGUACCCAGACUGGCAAUUGAAAUAUUGGGUGCGCAGUAUCUUUAUACCAUUCAAGUCUGAUUUCGAGUUUAAACCCAGCGAGAUACAGGUUGUCGGUAAGAACAUUGGACGAAAGGGUAAGUCGUACCAAACAUCUGUAUUGGUUGGAUCUGGCUUGGGUUUGGCACUCGUUGUUACAUUCGCAGCCGGAAUAAAGUAUGACACAAGUUUCAGAGAUCUGGGAUUCAAAGGCAGUCACCAUCUAGGGUCUUUUCUGCGAGACCUUACGACUCAGCUGAUCUCGUCCAGGGAAUAA